AUGGCAUACCUCAACGGAGGCCCUAUGCCAUAUUCUCACUACUUCGAUCGGCUAAAGAAGCGUAACGUGCUGUACGAACUGCAGUCUGCCGACAACAAGUUUUUGUUCACGCGCUCACUGCUCGCAGAAAAAGGCAUGUUGCCCACGACAUUGGAUCGAUCAUUGGUGUGCGCCCAGUUGGAAGACCCUUGGAAUACCGACCCAUGGAAGACGGAUUUUAAACAUGGCCUCGUGCUUUCCGGGAAUAAGCAAUAUAAGGAAGCCGCCAAGCAGUUUUCUCAGUCCAUAGUCGACAGCGAGCCGGGAACCGCUAACCACUCGCUAGCCAUGUUUAACCGGGCAGUAGUGCUCUACGAAUUGGGUCAGUUCACACGUAGCUUGAUGGACGUGCGCCAGGCCCUGGAGUCCAAGUACCCGCCCGUGAUGGAACACUUGUUGUAUGAGUUUGCCGGAAUGGUGUACAGCACAUUGGGCCGCCGCAAGGAGGCUGAGCAGAGCUACGCUGAGUGCUUGCGAAGGUUGGACGCCUCGGACCUGACCUCUGAAGCGAAAAGAAAUUUCAGGCUGAAGAUCAUGGACGCCGUGGACAAGUGCAAGGACUGCAAGGGUGCUGUGUCGGACUUGGACAUUUCGGACGAUUCGGACUUGGAAAACCCGUUGCCCGACCAGCUGGUGGGUGGCAAAAACAAGAGCAUUCCGGCGCUAUCGGCUUUUUUGGAACUCAAGCCGUCCCAAAAUAUGGGACGAGGAGGUGUUUACGCCACUCGCGACAUAAACCCAGGAGAUGUUGUGGCCAUAGAUGAACCUUACAUUUACGGGGGACGGAAUUUACACAAUUCUUGUUGUCGUAAUUGCCUGAAAUCGCCUAUAGUCCCAAUACCCUGUAAAAGAUGUUCAUUGGUUUAUUACUGCAGUGAAAAUUGUUUGCAUAAAUCAAUGAAAGAUGGACACAAUUUGGAGUGUCCAAUUAUUUUUUUUAUCAGAUCAUUGCCAGGAAUAUCUCAUUUGAAUCAAGUCGCUUUGAAGUGGUUUGUAAAAGAAUUAUCAAAACUGGGUUUGGAAAAAUAUUGUUCGUUGGUAGAUACAUUUUCUAAAUCUAAAAUAGAUUCGAAGAUAAAGGGUUUUAAUGAGAACGGGCAAUAUAAGUCUGACAAUUUUUUAACGGCCUAUUCUUUGGAUAACUUUGAAGAUGAAAUGCCAAUAUAUUUAUUGUUUUAG